AUGGCUGACGUGAAACACGACACGAUGGAUCGUCGUGUUGGCAACAAAUACCGCAUCGGCCGAAAGAUCGGUUCUGGGUCGUUUGGUGAAAUCUACUUAGGCACCAACAUCAUAUCUGGAGAAGAGAUUGCAGUCAAGCUUGAAUCUGUCAGAGCCAAACAUCCUCAGCUUGAGUACGAAACCCGUGUCUACAAGUCUCUGGCCGGCGGUGUGGGGAUCCCACGCGUCCGCUGGUUCGGUUUCGAGUGUGAAUACUAUGCCAUGGUGCUGGAUCUCCUCGGCCCAAGUUUAGAGGACCUCUUCAACUUCUGCAACCGAAAGUUCACGUUGAAGACCAUCCUUCUCCUCGCCGAUCAGCUCAUCUCCCGAAUCGAGUACAUCCACGACCGGUCCUUCCUCCACCGCGACAUCAAGCCCGAUAACUUCCUCAUGGGGAUUGGCAGGCGUAGCAACCAAGUCAACAUUAUUGAUUUCGGUCUGGCCAAGAAGUACCGGGAACCCAAGACUCAUUUCCAUAUUCCCUACCGAGAGAACAAGAACUUGACUGGUACUGCCCGGUAUGCUUCCAUCAACACUCACUUGGGUAUCGAGCAGUCCCGUCGUGACGAUUUAGAAUCUCUCGGUUACGUCAUGCUCUACUUCUGCCGCGGUUAUCUUCCCUGGCAGGGUCUACAGGCUGAUACCAAGAAGCAAAAAUAUGACCGCAUCAUGGAGAAGAAGAUGAACACUCCUACUGAGGUUUUAUGCCGCGACCUUCCCAACGAGUUUGCCAUCUACGUAAACUACACUCGCUCCCUCCGAUUCGAUGACAAACCCGACUAUAGGUACCUUCGCAGGAUCCUUCGCGAUGUCUUUGUUCGAGAGGGCUUUCGGUACGACUACGUCUUCGACUGGACCGUCUACACGUACCAGAAGAAUGCGCAGGCCGUUUCCCCGGCUGCUACUCUGGCCAACCCUUGA